CCUAAAAAGAAUGCGAAUAUAUGAUAUUUGUUUUUCUCUGUUCUAAAAAUUUGGGAGUAGCCACGGAGUGAAGAUUUGGAAGAAAAAACGGCACCUAAUAAUAAAGAUCAAUCCGGUACCGUACAGGAGUAGCGGUGGAGAGAGGAGAUGGAGUCGGCGGGGGAGUGGCUGGAGAAGGCGCUGGUCGAGUUGUGCUCCAAGAUUGAAACUGGUUUGGGUUUAGGUUUGGAUGAAGAGAUCAUCAAAGGCCUUGUUUCUUAUUGCGACCUUGCCCAGCCACAAGAUGCCAAAGAGUACCUUGACAAUAUAAUUGGUCAGGAAGCAGGGAAAACCGUGAUUGCAGAGUAUUUACGGCGAAGAGGUUAUUCAGAGUUCAGUGCUAACACAGAUGUUCCAACUACCAAAUUACAUGCGUAUGUCAAACCGCCAUCUGUUGAGUCAUCUGCUGGUGGAACAAAAAAAUCAGUUAGAGCAUCAAAAGGCUCUGGCCGCAGCCAUCAAGCAGAACCCAGCAAAAAUGUGCUUAGCAGCAAUCAGGAAAAUCAAACUCCAACUGUUGGAAGUGAAUCGAGAUCGUCACAAAAGGGAAACCAAGUGAAUUCCAAAAAGAAGAAAGCUGGGAAAGUUGUUUCACUUGCUGAGGCUGCCAAAGGGUCAAUUGUGUUCCAGCAGGGAAGGCCAUGCUCUUGUCAAGCACGUCGACACAGGCUGGUCAGCAAUUGCUUGUCCUGUGGCAAAAUAGUUUGUGAGCAAGAAGGAGAAGGGCCUUGUCAGUUUUGUGGUGCACUUGUGUUGAGAGAGGGAAGUUCCUAUGCCGGUCUGGAAGAAGGUUUGCCUCCCUUGUCAGAUGCCGAGGCUGCUGCUGAAGCUUAUGCAAAAAGGCUUGUAGAAUAUGACCGGAACUCUGCAGCUCGUACAACAGUCAUUGAUGACCAAAGUGACUACUACGAGAUUGAUGGAAACAGUUGGUUGUCAAAGGAGGAAAAGGAACUAUUGAAGAAGAAGCAAGAGGAGAUGGAAGAAGCUGAGCGAGCCAAACGGAAUAGAGUUGUAGUGACUUUUGAUCUUGUCGGCCGCAAGGUCCUUGUGAAUAAAGACGAAGUUUCAGAAUUACAGUCUGAAAAUAGAAUAUUACGUCCACGGGAUGAAAGGGAAGUCAACCGUAUCAAACCAAACCCAACUCUUAAGUUUCAACCGGUUUUUGUGGACCUGGGCUUUAGUAGGAAGUCUGCUAAAGAUAAGCAAUCACAUAAAGGUAUAAGGAAGGGCUUGUGCUUAGAGAUUACUGGAAGAGUGCAGCAUGAUAGUAAUGACCAGAAGUAUUUUAUGAUGGAAAACCAAUUGGCAACAGCUUCAAAUGAAAAUGUUUGGCAUGCAUCUUCGGGAAAUGGAGUGCACAUGGAAGAUGAUGGUGAAUGUUUACCGAACUAUGAUAAAUAAAGUGCCUUGUCCAGCUUUUACUGAUUAUAGAAAGAAGAAUUUUAGGCAACGUUAUUUUUGUUUGUACAAUGUCUUAGUGUAUCUUCAUGUUUCCCCUUGACUGGCUAGACAGUACCUCUCUGAAACGAACUAUUGAUAAAGGGAUGGUGUCUGAUAUUUUAGAGAUGCCUUGUUG